CCGGUGACGCAGUUCCGGUGGCGCCGCGGGGCGGCGGGCGGAGGCGCGCGGCGGGGCCGGUCCCGGAGCCCCCUCCACAGCCCAUGGCGUGGUGCUGAGGGCCAUGACCGACCAGGAGAACAACAACAGCAUCUCCGGCAACCCCUUCGCCGCGCUCUUCGGCUCCCUCGCCGACGCCAAGCACUUCGCCGCCGGGCAGCAGCUCCGCCGCCGGCCGCCCGCAGUCGAGGAGCCGUCGGUGGGGCAGGAUGACUCGGACAACAGCGUGUCGGAGAGCCUGGAGGAGAGCGAGUACUCGGCGGCGGAGAUCAGCCGCGCCUUCCGCUCCCAGCGGGAGCUCUGCCAGCGCCUCAACACCAACCACAUGAUCCAGCGCAUCUUCCUCAUCACCCUCGACAACAGCGACCCCAGCAUGAAGAGCGGGAACGGGAUCCCGGCACGCUGCGUCUACCUGGAGGAGCUGGCUGCUGAGCUGGAGGAGCAGGACUGGCUGGACAUGGACAACGUGGAGCAGGCCCUCUUCACCCGGCUGCUGCUGCCGGAGCCGGGCAACCACCUCAUCCACAUGACGCCCAGCGGCACCCAGAACCUCUCGGCCGACCGGGACGCCGGGGAGAGGCAGAUCCUGCGCUACCUCUACGCCUGCUUCCAGAGGGCCAGGGAAGAGAUCACCAAGGUGCCCGAGAACCUGCUGCCCUUCGCCGUGCGCUGCCGCAACCUGACCGUGUCCAACGCCCGCACCGUCCUCCUCACCCCCGAGAUCUACGUCGACCAGAAUGUCUAUGAGCAGCUGGUGGAGCUGAUGCUGGAGGGGCUGAGAGGGGGGCACUUCGAGGAGGUGACGGAGUUCCUGGAGGAGGUGAUAGAGGCCCUGACGGGGGACGAGGAGGUGCGGACCUUCGGGGAGGUGAUGGUCCCCGUGUUCGACAUCCUGCUGAGCCGAGUGAAGGACCUGGAGCUCUGCCAGAUGCUGCUCUACUCCUACCUCGACGUGCUGCUCUACUUCACCCGGCAGAAGGACACGGCCAAGGUUUUUGCCGGGUACAUCCAGCCCAAGGACCCCAGCAACGGGCAGAUGUACCAGAAGACCCUGCUGGGCGCCGUGCUCAACAUCUCCUGCUUGCUGAAGACCCCCGGGGUGGUGGAGAACCACGGCUACUUCCUGAACCCGGCCCGGUCCAGCCCCCAGGAGAUCAAGGUGCAGGAAUCCAACAUCCACCAGUUCAUGGCCCAGUUCCACGAGAAGAUCUACCAGCUGCUGAAGAACCUGCUGCAGUUGUCUCCCGAGACCAAGCACCGGCUGCUCUCCUGGCUGGGGAACUGCCUCCACGCCAACGCCGGCCGCACCAAGAUCUGGGCCAACCAGAUGCCCGAGAUUUUCUUCCAGAUGUUCGCCUCUGACGCCCUGUUCCUGGGGCUGGGGGCUGCGCUGCUGCGGCUCUGCCAGCCCUUCUGCAAACCCGGCUCCCCCCGGCUUCUCACCUUCAACCCCACCUACUGCGCCCUCAAGGAGCUCAACGAGGAGGAGAGGAGGAGCAAGAAUGUGCACAUGAAAGGUUUGGAGAAGGAGACGUGUUUGAUCCCUGCCGUCAGCGAGCAGGAGCCGGAGUUUGCCAACAGCUACAACCUGGUGACGGAGAACCUGGUCCUCACCCAGUACACCCUGCACCUGGGGUUCCACAGGCUGCACGACCAGAUGGUGAAGAUAAACCAAAGCCUCCAUCGCCUGCAAGUGGCGUGGCGCGAGGCCCAGCAGAGCUCCAGCCCGGCGGCCGAGGGCCUGCGGGAGCAGUUCGAGCGCCUGAUGACCAUCUAUCUCUCCACCAAGACGGCCAUGACAGAGCCCCAGAUGCUGCAGCACUGCCUGAACCUGCAGGUCUCCAUGGCGGUGCUGCUGGUCCAGCUGGCCAUGGGCAACCGGGGCACCGAGCCCCUGGAGCUCACUUUCCCACUGCCCCAGGUGGAAAACAGCGCCUUGGCCUACGUGCCCGAGUUCUUCGCCGAUAACCUGGGCGACUUCUUCAUUUUCCUGCGGCGUUUCGCUGACGAUGUCCUGGAGAGCUGUGCCGACUCCCUGCAGCACGUCCUGCACUUCGUCACUGUCUUCAUGGGCGACGUGGAGAGGAUGAAGAACCCCCACCUGCGGGCCAAGCUGGCGGAGGUGCUGGAGGCCGUGAUGCCUCACUUAGACCAGGCCCAGAACCCCCUGGUCUCCAGCGUGUUCCACCGCAAGCGGGUCUUCUGCUCCUACCCCCACGCCGCCCAGCUGGCCGAGGCCCUCAUCAGGGUCUUCGUGGACAUCGAGUUCACCGGUGACCCCCACCAGUUCGAGCAGAAGUUUAACUACCGCCGGCCCAUGUACCCCAUCCUCAGGUACAUGUGGGGCACCGACUCCUACCGCCACAGCAUCAAGGCGCUGGCUGACUACGCCUCGGAGAACCUGGAGGCCAUGAACCCCCCGCUCUUCCUGCGCUUCCUCAACCUCCUGAUGAACGAUGCCAUUUUCCUGCUGGAUGAGGCCAUCCAGUACCUCAGCAAGAUCAAGGUGCAGCAGAUCGAGAGGGACCGCGGGGAGUGGGACGGGCUGUCCCCGGAGGCGCGGCGGGAGAAGGAGUCCAGCCUGCAGAUGUUCGGGCAGCUGGCCCGCUUCCACAACAUCAUGUCCAACGAGACCAUCGGCACGCUGGCCUUCCUCACCUCGGAGAUCAAGUCGCUGUUCGUGCACCCCUUCCUGGCCGAGCGCAUCAUCUCCAUGCUCAACUACUUCCUCCAACACCUGGUGGGCCCCAAAAUGGGCGCUCUGAAAGUGAAGGAUUUCAGUGAGUUCGACUUCAAGCCGCAGCAGCUGGUGUCUGACAUCUGCACCAUCUACCUGAACCUGGGGGAUGAGGAGAACUUCUGCGCCACGGUGCCCAAGGAUGGCCGCUCCUACUCGCCCACCCUCUUUGCCCAGACCGUCCGCGUCCUGAAGAAGAUCAACAAGCCUGGCAACAUGAUUGUGUCCUUCAGCAACCUGGCCGAGAGGAUCAAGUCCCUGGCAGACCGGCAGCAGCAGGAGGAGGAGACGUACGCGGACGCCUGCGACGAGUUCCUGGAUCCCAUCAUGAGCACCCUGAUGUCGGACCCGGUGAUCCUGCCCUCCUCCCGCGUCACCGUUGACCGCUCCACGAUAGCCCGGCACCUCCUCAGCGACCAGACGGACCCUUUCAACCGGAGCCCCCUCACUAUGGACCAGAUCCGACCCAACACGGAGCUGAAGGAGAAAAUCCAGCGGUGGCUGGCGGAGCGCAAGCAGCAGAAGGAGGAGCUGGAGGAGCGGCUGAGCUGAGACCUGGGCUCCCACCGGAGAACGGCCCCGGGGGGGCUGCGGCGCCGCUCUGUGACCCCCCCCUCCAGCCGGACCCCAUUCCGCAGUGCCAGGGACUCCCAGGACUCUCCCUUUUCCACCUCCUCCUGCCUUCUCCUCUGCAGACUCGCUCUUUCACACUCAGACUCUCCACUUUCUCCAGCUCCGGGCCUGGGGAUGCCCCGGUGUCCCAGCCCUCUCUUUAUCGUGCUCUUUUCCAGCGACACCAAAACCCCCCUCUGCUCCGCGGCUGUUUCCCCCACCCCCCCACCCCGUACCUCGCAUCCCCGGGGGCGAUGCGGGCAGGGAUGGGGGGCGGCCAUGCCAGCCCGUACUGCCGGUUGUGUAGCAGGGUUUGAUUUCCCCACCGGCGGCGGGGAACGGAGGGGGCCUUGGCAAUUAAACAUAGAUGAUCUUA